CCUUGUCGAUUCGAUUCAGAAAAGACAACUUUACGAAUUGGACGAGUGAUAAUAUUAUGGGAGUUAAGUUAGACCAUAUGAUAUGCCGCACAAAAUUUGGCCAACAACCAUUAAACAACAAUUAGAUGCCGCUAGCAAUGUGGUAGAUGAGAUUCAGAUCGAACCAAACUACAAGUCCUUCCCCUGCUGCCGUCUACCAGAAGGCAAAUAUUCCCCUGCCUUCACCGCCUCAGAAAACCAGGUCACAAAGCAUUUUGCAGAGAUCGGUCGAAAAUUUCCGAUGUCGCCGUCGCUAGUUUUCCUCGUCCUUCUCCUCCUAUCCCCUUUCCAGCCGUCCGCCGCUUCCUCCUCAUCAUCCUCCCCCGUCGAUGUUCUUCCCGUCGCGGGACAAUCAGCGUACGACAUCCUCGCCGGAUUCAACUUCCCCGCCGGCCUCCUCCCCCAGGGCGCCACCGGCUACGAACUCGACCCGUCCACCGGAAGAUUCCGCGCCUACUUCAACGGCACCUGCAGCUUCUCCCUGGAAGGAUCGUACCAGCUCAAGUACAAAUCCGUCAUCGGCGGGUACAUUAGCGAGAAUCGGCUGACUCAGCUCACCGGCGUCAGCGUGAAGAUCCUGUUCCUCUGGCUGAACAUCGUCGAGGUCGUGAGGAGUGGCGACGACAUCGACUUCUCCGUCGGGAUCGCCUCGGCGAGCUUCGGGAUCGACAAUUUCUUCGUCUGCCCGAGGUGCGGCUGCGGAUUGGACUGCGGAGGAGCGAGCAAGCCUGCGAGGAGACCUUUUGUGUCCUCGAUCUAGGGAUUUCGGUUUCCUCUCUCAGGUUAGUCAAUAUCAAGCGAUCACAAAGAAAAUUGAAAGACAAAUUAUGGCAUUGGUUAAUUAGACCUUUUUUCAUGUUCUGGAAUGAGAAUCGUGGAUUGGUAUCUCAGUCUAUUGAUUCUUUGAUUGUAUGUUUUCUUUGUUACUCAUUGUUAUCAGCGUUUCUUAGUCCUUCUCGUAAAGCUAGUUUUGAAGAUAGAUUUCAGCACAGGGCUGUAGCCUCCCUCUAAGGUUCAUGAUUGAGUAUAAACAACGUUUUAAGACUUCCCCAUCAACAUAAGCACAGUGAAUCUUAUUCUUAUGUGCAUCUCUGCUACAGCAUGAUACAUAACAAGCUCCAUUCAGUUUCAAUAGAAAGAUGGCUUUAAGAGACAGAAGAAGUUAGCAAAGGAAAUGUGUAUUGUUUGAUAUGUUCACAGCAACUUUGCUAGAUGAUGAUUCUUUAGGGCAAAGAGUGGCUUUACUCACUGUCUUAGACUGUUCUCCUGACUGACAGCCUUCCAAGGAUGAGUGGUGAAUGGAUUUGCAGUUUCAGUUGGUUGUAUAGGCGUUCUUAUGCUCAAAUGUGUUACAAAAGAAAAUGCUUGGUUGUCUUGGUUUGAUGGCUUUAUUUGGUUCCAAAUGGAGAAGAUCGCGACGAUCGAUUCGAGUUUGGAAUGCUUUAAUCUUAGAGUUGAGUGAGCAGGAGGCGUUGUUUUUUUUCUUCAACUCACUUGAAUAAUCGAUGCCUGCUAAAAACCUUUCUACUUGUUUAUAGAAACCAAAUCAUAAUACGCCCUGGUUGUGGUAUUGCUCACCAAUGUUUUGGCAUGCUGCACAAGAAAACUUGUGAACAGAGCUCCCAUUUAUGGACUGUGUAAAUGGAUUAUGAUCACAGACGUUGGUUGGCAACUGUGUGUAACAGUGAUACUAGUUGUCUCGCUUCCACCAACGUUCAGCUUUGGUCAGAAACAUAUGGUCGGAGUUUUUUUCUCUUCCUGGUCCUCUCUGCAUCUCCCUAUACUUGGUCUUUGAGAGUUGCAGCUUGGCUUGAGAUUAUGGUCGAUCUUCUUAAAACAUCCCGACCCUCUUUUGAUCGAAGCCGCUUUCUUCAGGCGUACGCUUAAUGCUAGAACGGAUUGGGUUGCUCGCUCGUUAGCACGUAAUGAGCACCCUCAUGACUACUUGCUAUUCUUAACUUACUUUCACCCAUUCGUAUGUAACCUGUGCACUUGUGACACGCCCAAUAUGGCAGCUUCUCGCAUGUACGCUUCAGCUCCGGACUAGGCUUCUUCCGACCAUUGCAUAUGCAUGAACAAAAUUGUACGUCUUUGUGACAGAAAGAAAUGGGCGACUACAAAAACAAAAAUCAAUUUGAAAGAAACCAAUGGCUAGUUUUUCCAAGAAAGAGCAACAACUAGUUUUAUGAACUCUAUAAAUGGCCUUUCGUUCACUUUUGCCCAUUUCACCACUUGUUAAUAUUUCUCUUCCUCCCAGACUCUCUGAAAUAUUGAUCAUGUCUAUUAGUGAUUGGUAUCCAAAUUGGAACAUUCUUUAUGCAAAGCUUGUAUUGAAGUUAUAGAGGACGAUUCCAUCAUCGAUUAUCUGUCAUCGAGUGAAUUUUGGGGGAGAAUUAUUGCCAUAUUUGGUCGUAAUAUACGGUCGAUGUGGGGAUGUAAGAUUAUCAGUAAUAAAUUUAAGGCCUUGAA